GGUAUGAUUGAAUGGUACACAAUAGCAACAUGUUAUAAGAAAUGGUAUCAAAUAGAGUAAAUAAAUAAAUUGCAACAAUUUUAUUAUUCAUUGGAAAAGAAAAAUAUUCUUAGGACGCAAAAAAUAUGUUGUUCGCAAUUGUGGGAUUAGUUUUCAUAUCAAUGCUAUCAUUAAUUAUCUUCAAUAACAUAAGAAAAAAUGGGGAGAAAAGAAUUUUGAUCAUUGUGCUGGGUGAUAUAGGCCGUAGUCCAAGAAUGCAGUAUCACGCUUCAUCGUUUAUAAAGGAAAGAUAUAAAGUUGACAUUAUUGGAUUCUACAUUACUCCAUUAAUAAAAGAACUACUUGAUGAAACGCAUGUUAAAGUCUGGCCUCUUAAUGAACCACCACUUAAACCUGAUUGGCUUCCUCGCAUAUUUUACUACAUUUUCAAAACUUUAUUUCUGUCCAUUUAUCUCUUUAUUACAGUUUUAGCAAAAACUGGGAAGCAUUCUCAUGUUCUUGUUCAAAAUCCACCAGCUAUACCAACCCUUUUUGUUGCAUGGUUAAUCUGUCUUUUCGUCAAUCAAAAUUGAUUAUAGACUGGCACAACUAUGGCUACAGCAUUUUAGCAUUGACAGCUGGUAGUGGACAUCCAUUGGUGAGAUUUUCACAGCUUUACGAACAUUUUGUUGGACAAUUUGCAUCACAAAACAUUUGUGUUACAGAAGCAAUGAGGAAUGACCUCCAAAAAAGAUGGGGCAUAUGCGCAACUACAUUAUAUGAUCGACCCCCACAGAGGUUUCGAAGUAUUAGCUUGUCUGAAAGGCAUCAAAUGUUUACAAAACUAUCAAAGAGUUAUGAAUGUUUUAAAUCAGUUGAAGGAAAGCUUAUUUCAAGCACAAGAUUCACCACACAAGAAGACAACAAAGUGAUGUUAUUGCCAAACCGUCCAGCUUUAUUGAUAAGUAGCACCAGUUGGACAGAAGAUGAAGACUUUGGCCUCCUUCUAGAUGCACUAAAACAGUAUGAUUUGAUUGCUAAAGAGCAGCAAUCAUCAAAUCUCCCUAAACUUGUGUGUGCAAUUACAGGAAAGGGUCCCAUGAAAGAUCAUUACAAAUGCAUUAUUAUGCAAACUACAUUUGAUUAUGUAGAAAUUUGUACACCAUGGUUGGAAGCAGAGGAUUAUCCCAUCUUAGUAGGGUGUGCUGAUCUCGGUAUAUGUCUUCAUACAUCUUCUUCUGGUCUUGAUUUACCAAUGAAAGUUGUUGAUAUGUUUGGAUGUGGCGUGCCAGUUUGUGCUGUUGGCUUCUCAUGUCUUAACGAGCUUGUUAAACAUGGUGAAAAUGGUCUUGUUUUUGACAAUGCAGAACAACUAACAAAGCAAUUACAAGAACUGUUAAAUGGAUUUCCCACUGCUCAUGGACUGCUUGAAAAGUUUCAAGAAAAUGUGAAAGAAUUCCAGAAGAAACGCUGGCAUAGUUGUUGGAAACAAUUGUUUCAUGAUCCAGUAUUUAAAAAUAAUUCAUAGCUACAAAUGAUGUUUCACACAUUUUGUAAUUAACUGUCAUGAUUAGUCAUAACAAAUGGUGAUAAAAAAGGCAGCCAUUUCUCCAACUUUUCAAGCAUUGAAACUUCAGCAAAAUGAAAUUUAGUGCCUUUGAAUAUUGCUCUAAAUAUGUUGGGGUUUUUCUUAUUUAUGUAAAGUGAAUGCAAUAAAGAUAGAGCGUGAAUGCCUUGCAAUAAUAGUUUGCAACAGAAUUCUCAUUAAAACAAUACAAUUUUGCCAUCAA